CAAUUAUUUGUCCAACAACUUAGCUUCUCAAUUUAUAAAAGCUCAAUUAAUUUUAGCUUCUCAAUUUAUAACAGCUUAAUAUAAGUGUCUAAAAGAAAAUGGCUACAUUGACUCCUUGUUCUCCGCCUUUUUUUUUGUCAUACCUAUAGUCUACAAAAAUCUUAUUCGCAUUCCAUAUUUUUUUUAAAGCCACAUCCAUGAAACCAGUCUCUAAAUUAGAUGUCAGAACCUCCAGCAGAUAUGAGUUUCUCGGACACUGCUUGAUGUGAUCCGUGUGUUUGCUGUUAGAAACACAAAGAAACAGAGAGGACUCCCAAGAAAUCCCAAGAAUUUACAAAUUGCCUGUUUCUGUGAAGACUUCAAGAGUCUGAAUGUGUGAAUAGAUGCAGAGCAUGGUCCAUUGUCAUCCUAGAGAGUGACACUGUCCCUGCCAGGCCUGCUGGUAGAGGACAAUGGCCCUGAGCGAUGCAAGCGGAGACCCUCUGGCCCUCACUAAUGGAGGGUACCAUCCUCCCAAUGCCAGUGGAAAUGCCCAUUCAAACACCAGUACACCGGUCAGCAAUGGCCAGGACCCUCUCACAGCUGCCUGUAGUAGUGACUGCCUCACAGCAGAUGGAGAUGAUGAUGUUACAGUUAAGGAUGUAGUGUCUAAAUUGGAGCAGAAGCAGAAAAGAUCACUUGUUGUCCAGACACCAAAUAUACCAAGCCAAAACAGCGGGGUGGUCAAACAGAAUGGCUCCCUGAGGAACCUUCCCCCAUCCUCCACUGAGUUUUCUUCUCCAGCUGUCACAGACUCCCAGAGGCUGGCCAAACGCCACCUUCUCUCCACCCUUUCCCCGUCGUCCUCCUCCUCUCCUCCUCUCCUCCCCCCAUCACAUUGCUGCCAGCAUUGUCACUUCCAUUCCGCCCUCUGCUGCCACUGUGGACAGAAGGAUUGCUCACUCUUUCAGAAGUCAGGCACAAGCCCAGGGCCUGGCUUGGUUCCCCACCCCGGGACCACGUCAUCCUGCCCAUGCUGCCUCUCUGCCUGCACAUACUCUCACUCCCAUGCCCGUCCUCCUCACUCAUCCUCCCCUCUCUGUGUCCAUCACCACCAUCAUCAGCGUUGGCCGGAGCACCUCCAGACUCAUACACAUGCUGCUGGAAUCAGCCCGGCAAGGCCCUUUCGAUUACCCAAAAGCUAUGCUGAGCUGAUAGCUGAUUGGCCAGUGGUGGUGCUGGGGGUGUGCACAGUGCUCAUUGUGGUGUGUGCCCUAGUGGGCAUCCUGGUGCCUGACCUCCCUGAUUUCUCUGACCCACUGCUGGGUUUUGAGCCACGGGGAACAGCCAUUGGCCAGCGACUGGUCACAUGGAACAACAUGGUGAAAAACACAGGCUAUAAAGCCACAUUGGCCAACUACCCCUUCAAAUAUGCUGACGAGCAAGCCAAAAAUCACCAAGAGCCCAGGUGGACUGAAGACCACUUUGACAGAGACAAACGGCAAGCAGAGUGGGACUUCAGUAAAGAAUUUUUCUGUGAUGUGCCAGGUGACAGUUACUCUAGACUGGUGUUCACAUCAACUGAGGGGAAGAACUUGUGGAGUAUUCAAGCCAUCAAAUCAAUGUGCAAUCUCGACAACACAAGGGUGCGUUCCCACCAUGACUAUUGGAGUCUUUGUCAGCGCACCAAUGACGCUUCCUGUUGCCCCAGCUGGACACUUGGUAACUACAUUGCCGUCCUCACCAACAGGUCGUCCUGCCAGAAGAUCACUGAGCGUGAUGUAUCGCACACGCUCAAGAUCCUGCGCUCAUGUGCCAAGUACUACCACAAUGGCACACUGGGUCCCGACUGCUGGGACAUGGCCCUGCGAAGGAAAGACCAGCUGAAGUGUGCCAGUGUUCCCCGGAAGUGCACCAAGUACAAUGCAGUCUACCAAAUCCUUCACUACCUGGUGGACAAGGACUUCCUCAGUCCUAAGAGCCUAGAGUAUCCUCCAGCUGUGCUUAAGUACAGCAUGCUCUUUUCCCCCACAGAGAAAGGAGAAUCUAUGAUGAACAUUUACUUGGACAAUUUUGAGAACUGGAACUCGUCAGAUGGAAUCACCACAGUCACAGGGAUCGAGUUUGGCAUCAAACACGACCUCUUUCAGGACUACCUCCUUACAGACACACUGUACCCUGCCAUUGCCAUAGUGAUCGUCCUGCUUGUCAUGUGUGUGUACACACGCUCAGUUUUCAUCACACUAAUGACAAUAAUAGCCAUCAUCAGCUCACUGAUUGUGUCCUACUUUCUCUACCGAAUGGUUUUCAACUUUGAGUUCUUCCCCUUCAUGAACCUUACAGCUCUCAUCAUCCUGGUAGGCAUUGGUGCUGAUGACGCAUUUGUACUUUGCGAUGUGUGGAACUACACAAAGUUUGAUAAACCCCAUGCUGAGCUAGCAGAAACAGUCAGUGUGACCCUGCAACAUGCUGCCCUAUCCAUGUUUGUCACCAGUUUCACCACUGCUGCAGCUUUUUAUGCCAACUAUGUCAGCAACAUCACUGCGAUACGCUGUUUUGGUGUCUAUGCUGGGACUGCCAUUUUGGUCAACUAUAUUCUCAUGGUGACUUGGCUCCCAGCUGUGGUCGUGCUACAUGAACGCUACCUGCCUAACAUAUUCACCUGCUCAAAGCCUCCCCAUCAGCAAAGAGGUUACUGCAAACAAAUGUUCUUGACAGGUCUUUGUCAGAAGGCAAACAAAUGCCUGUUUGUUGUCUCUGAGGCCUCUAGGAUCUUCUUUGGGAAAGUGCUACCCUGCAUUGUCAUCAAGCUGCGCUACCUCUGGCUCUUCUGGUUUCUCGCCAUCACAGUGGGCGGGGCCUACGUGGUUUGUGUCAACCCAAAGAUAAAGCUCCCAUCUUUGGAGCUGGCAGAGUUUCAGGUGUUUCGAUCCUCUCACCCUUUUGAGCGCUAUGAUGCAGAGUACAAAAAACUUUUCAUGUUCGAGAGGGUUCAUCAUGGCGAGGACCUUCACAUGCCAAUAACUAUCAUCUGGGGGGUGACCCCUGUAGAUAACGGAGACCCCCUGAACCCCAAAAACAAGGGAAAGCUAAUGCUGGAUAGCAGCUUCAACAUUUCCAGUCCAGCAUCUCAGCUGUGGAUCCUCAACUUCUGCCAGAAGCUGAGGAACCAGAGUUUUGUCUUUCAGUCAGAGGAGCAAGACUUUACCAGCUGCUUCAUUGAGACAUUCAAACAGUGGAUGGAGAACCAGGACUGUGCAGAGGGCUCUGUCUACCCCUGCUGCAGUCAGUCAACCUUCCCCUACAAGCCUUAUGUCUUUGAGUUGUGCAUCAAGAGAGCCAUCAUGGAGCUAGAUCGGAGUACUAACUACCAUCUGGACAGCAAGACCCCUGGGCCUCGAUUCGAUAUCAAUGACACCAUCAGAGCCGUAGUUUUAGAGUUCCAGAGUACAUAUCUCUUCACACUGGCCUAUGAGAAGAUGUACCAGUUCUACCGCGACGUGGAUGCCUGGAUCACAGAGGAGCUGCGCUACGCCCCUGUAGGCCUUAGUCAUGGCUGGUUUGUCAGCAACCUGGAGUUUUAUGACCUGCAGGACAGUUUGUCAGAUGGCACUCUGGUUGCCAUGGCACUGUCAGUGGCUGUGGCUUUCAGUGUCAUGCUCCUGACCACCUGGAAUGUCAUCAUCAGUCUAUACGCCAUCCUGUCGAUUGCUGGGACAAUAUUUGUCACAGUCGGCUCCCUGGUGCUUCUGGGCUGGGAGCUGAACGUCUUGGAGUCUGUUACCAUUUCUGUGGCAGUGGGGCUGUCAGUGGACUUUGCAGUCCACUAUGGUGUCGCCUACCGACUUGCUCCAGAGCCCGACCGUGAGGGGAAGGUGACUUUCUCCCUCAGCCGCAUGGGCUCUGCAAUUGCUAUGGCUGCACUGACCACCUUUGUUGCUGGGGCCAUGAUGAUGCCCUCAACUGUAUUAGCCUACACCCAGCUCGGCACGUUCAUGAUGCUGAUCAUGUGCAUCAGCUGGGCCUUUGCUACUUUCUUCUUUCAGUGCAUGUGCCGCUGCCUGGGACCCCAGGGUACCUGUGGCCAGAUUCCCCUGCCAAAAAAGCUGCAGUGUCAGGCCUUCUCUGAGGCCACAUCCACAAACUUUUAUCCCUCAUCUCAAGGGAAAGGCUCUGGCCAGGCGAAGUACCAGCUGGGCACAAGGGGUGGGCAGGUGGAGCAUUAUGAGUUAGAGCCACUGGCAUCCAGUCAGAAAACUGAAGAUAAACCUCAAGAGGAGCAUGAGGUUUGCAGUCAGCUUUAUAAUGGAAUCCCCCCUCACCACCACACCGUCCCUAAUUCACACAUCCAUUAUAAAAGCAAAACUGAGACUGGGAGACCUGGCCCUGAGAAUGGGCUUGUAGCCUCACUGAGCACAACAUCCAGGUGCCAGUACUCUCAAAACACUAACUGCACCUGUGGGGACCCCCCUUCUCCUCACUUGCCUCAGCAAUGGAACCCCCACUCCUGUGCUCAGCAUCCCCAGGUCUCUACUUCUUGUCCUCCCACCCCUCAGCUCUUUCCUCACUCAGGAAACACACUGUGCAAACAAAAUACUUCCCUCUUACCUACAAACCUGGACCAGGUUUACACACAUGUAGAGUGCCGUAUGCACUAUAUCCACUGUCCCCCCACCCAUUUCCACCACUGUUCCCAGGGAAGAGUGGCCCCCAUGCAAGGACCUGCGCACAGCUGCCAUCUCAGGAAGUACUGUGUCCAUUCUGGAAACCUGCAGCCUUGUUCGGCCAGAGAACAGAAAUCCACAACACCAGCUUCAAACCAGGACACAGGCGCAGCUCCAGGUCCAGGCUCUGACUCAGAGCCUGUGGGACAAGAGGAGGAACAUAGACCUGAAAUGAUUCAGUCAAGUCUUGACAGUAGCCAAAAUAUCAACAAAGCAGCCCAGACACAACCUCACACUCAAUGCCCCUCAAUGGGUUCAUCACACACAACCUGUCAUGAAAGACAGAGGGCAAGGGACAGAGUCCAUUGUUGUGGUGAUAACCAUAUAUCCACCACAACCACAGGAACAACAACCCAAAUGGAUGCUUGUAAAAUCCCUGGCAACCAGGAGAAGCUUGAAAUGGUCAAAAAGUGCAAGCGGACCUCCAAAAGUCAGCAGGAAUCCUCCGCCUCUGCGAAGAAGCUCUACUGUUUUAACAGGACAUUGAAAGUAAAGUGCAAAUCAGCUUCAGAGUUUAAUGUGCCAAAAAGUGACACCAGCGUGCCUCCUAUUGCAAUAAACACUAAGCCCUCUUCUGAAAGCUUAUGUUGAUGUUAAAUUGAUAUUUUAAUAAAACUUAAUCCAGAACAAACAGGAAAUGUCGGGGGGAAAAAGGAACGACUCAUUCAAUGUUUCCGGGCAAUUGAACAGUGUUUGGGAUAUGUUUGCUGACCAAGUGCCUCAGUGUGUUUCAUAAAACAGCAAGGACCCACUAAAUAUAUUCUCUUUACAUUUUUCUUUUUCUACUCACCAUUUCUUCACGUUUCAGAUCAUGUGUUUGAUUUUACAAUAAAACAACACACUAUUGAUGAAGCUAUAUCAUUAUAGGAAAUUAAUUGUCUUUUCACAAAGAUAGUCCAUGAAAUAUUGCAAACUAAAGUGUUAAAUGUACAGCAGCCAUUUGCACCGACAGGAAUUCGUACAGUAAAUGUUGUGAUGUGUGUAAUUAUAAAUAUGUGUUGUCGAAUAUGAUCACAUCAACUUUUAACAAAAAUGUGCCCCAUUUUAUAAGCUGAUAAAAAGUCGCCUUUGCUCAUGUUCAAGUCGCCACAUGCCUCAGAUAAAAGAUGUAAUGUAUGAUUAAAAGAUCUUUUU